AAUGUUAUCUUAGCGAUGACCAAAGGUUAAACAGAUGUCAAAAUCUCUCACACAUACUUGAAUGAACUUGAUAUCUGACAAUAUAACAAAGACGUUAGGAGGACAGCUAUUUGGAGAUGAUUUAAAACAAAGAUUUUCGGCUUUUACUCUGUUUAGAAUGUGUCAUAAGUAAUGAUGGCAAUUACUCAGGGAAUCCUCGUAAUUUGCAUCGCUAUAGUGUACUAUUAUAACUUCGUAAAUGACUACAAUCGUCACAGGGAGAUACUCUCAGAUGAAAUUGAAGACGAAUAUGAUUAUGUAAUUGUCGGCGGGGGGUCGGCAGGUUCUGUUUUAGCUUCUAGACUUUCCGAGGAUAGGAAUAUUCGCGUUCUUUUAAUAGAAGCUGGAGGAUUUUAUGAUGAAAAUCCAAACUUUCACAUUCCAAUUAAAAUUCUGAGUCUUCAAAAUACAAAACAUGAUUGGAAGUAUUACACUGUACCUCAAACGGUUUCAUGCCUAGGACUUAACAAAAACAGUGGCUAUUUGCCCCGUGGUCGCGUUCUCGGUGGAUCGAGCGUUUUAAAUGCUAUGCAAUAUACACGCGGAAGUCGUUAUGACUAUAACGAAUGGGCUGCAAACGGUUGCAUUGGUUGGAGUUACAAAGACGUUCUGCCAUACUUUCUGAAAUCAGAGGACAUACAAAUAGACGAAUUGAAAUCAUCCACGUUCCAUCGCUCUGGUGGUCCAUUGGCGGUUUCAGGUUCACGUAUAACAGAACUGUCAGACCUGUACAUGAAAGCUGGACAAGAACUGGGUUUUAAUAUUACGGACUAUAACGGUGCUGAUCAAGAGGGUUUCAACAGAAUGCAAUUAAACGUCAGAAAUGGCGUUCGUGACGCAACUGGAUUAGCGUUUCUUGGACGAAUUGGUAAAAGAUCAAAUCUUGAUAUUGUUAUAGAAACAUUUGUCACAAAAGUUAAUAUUGUAAAUAAAGCAGCUGAUGGUGUGUUUUACGUUAGAAAUGGUAAAAAGUCAUACGUCAGAGCAAAAAAAGAAAUAAUUUUGUCGGCCGGUGCUAUCAAUUCGCCACAAAUCUUGAUGCUAUCCGGUGUAGGGCCAGAGGAACAUCUAAAGUCUAUGGAUAUCCCAGUAUUACUUGACCUUCCAGUUGGAAACAACUUGCAGGAUCACCUAAUGGCGUACAUGUUAACUAAGAUAAAUAAACCAAUUAGCUUGUCUGAUGACCUUAUUAACAGUUUCUGGACCCGAUUGAGGUAUAACUUAUUUGGCACAGGACCUCUUUCAAUAGCAGGAUCUGAAGGUUCGGCGUUCUAUUACAACGACCAGUCAAAACGUGGACAAGCAAGUGCAGACGUUCAGAUCAUGAUAUACAGUAAAUAUAUAGCUGAAAAUUGCUUUAACAUAAAAGACAGUGUCGCUAAGGAAUUUUUAGCAGAACAUGGGAACAUAGAGGGGUUCAACUUUAUUGUUUCCAUAACAAAUCCAAAGAGUCGAGGAACUGUACGCCUUAAAAGUUCGGAUCCGUUCGACUACCCCCUGAUAGAUCCUCAGUAUCUCACGGACAAAAGAGAUGUUGAAAAUUUUAUAGGAGGUAUCCGACUAUGGGAAAGGUUUAUGCAAACAAAAACCAUGAAAGAACUUGGUGUUGACAUGAAUCAAAUGAAGUUGUCAUUUUGUUCACAACACAAGUUCCGUUCCGAUGACUACUGGGAAUGUUUCGUGCGCCACCUAGCGAUUACUGUAUAUCAUCAUUCAUCCACGUGCAAAAUGGGUGCUGAUGAAGAUGAAACUGCUGUUUUAGACUCAAAACUUCGAGUAAAGGGUAUAAAAGGAUUGCGAGUUGUUGAUGCAUCCGUAUUUCCAACAGUGACAUCGGGAAAUAUAAAUGCCCCAGUGAUAAUGGUUGCCGAAAAAGCUGCUGAUAUGAUACGUGGAAUAGAUUCUGCGAAGUAUAUAAGAGAAAAAAUGCUAAACGAUUUCUGAAACAAUCGCAAAGUUUAAAACAACAGCAUUUAGUAAUUUAUAAGCUUUCCAGAAAAGAACAAGCGAAAUGGGACGGAUAUUUUAUUUUGCAGUAGCUUGGAAACGGUCAUUUAUUUAUUUAUUAGCAUUGUUUUAAGCAUUAAACUUAUGAAAAAAUAAAAAAAAGACAUCUAGUGUAGUUAUAAACGAAGUAAGAAUAUGACAAGAUAUAUGUAUUUAUUUUGCUUUGAUGUACUGUUAGUGUAAGUCAUAAACAGGAGGUUAUUACAAAAAAGUGAAGCAAUACAAUUCAAGAAUUUGGAGUUUUCCCCCUCACUGUAUUGAUUUAAAUCAAUAUUGUUUAAACAUGCAAUUGUAAUCAUGUAUAUUUAUUUCAAUUUAUAAGUAAUCUUCAUUCAAUGGCUAUAUUUAUUAUUAUAUAGUUUCAAUAUUAUAUUUUCCAUAUAUAUUA